ACUGUUCGUAAUCGUUCGUACGGUUUUCCUAUCAUCGUGUCUCACGUGCACGAUCAGACGGCGCACGAUCGUAAGCUUCGACGAGUUUCUUCGCAUCUAUUGAGGUCUAAAGUCCGUUCGAAAUACCCUAGCAAUGUCUACACUCCGAUAAGCAGAAAGGAGAAUACAUUCUUACGAGUCGUGAGCCGAUAAAACUGAGCGAGAAACGCAGGAGGAUGCAUAUUUCCUUGAAAUACCUGAUUCCUUAAAAGGAUCUUCCAAAGGAAUGAUAGCCAAAAGGCCAAGAAACGUCCUAAAGGCGUUUCUUCUUCCUAAGACGACGGAAUAUAACCGAAGGAAAAUAUUUUUUCAAAGGGACAAACCACUCGCCUCUGAGGUACUAACGAAUUAUCUUCUUCAAACGAAGGAACCACCAUGGACCUCGUACUUUGUCAAAUACGCCGACGUUGUCAACGAUCAGAGGGGCAUGUCCCACUUCAAUUGGUCAGUAGCUAAUAGCAAUUAUCACGUAUUAAGGACAGGCUGUUUUCCUUACAUCAAGUAUCACUGUACAAGACGACCAAGGCAGGACCUUAGUACCGACGACAAAUUCUUCAAGGCGAUCAAGAUACUUAACCUUGGUAUCCCUACUCUGAUGUACGGAUUAGCUGCAACGUUUCUGAUACGACAUCGAGAAAUCGUAAAAACACGUCGAGGUGACAUUACGAUUUAUUUUUUACUACCUGAGGACAAAGGCUCUCUCUAUUGACCGACUUUAUCUGGGCAAACUUUUAAAACUCGAUCCAAUUCAUUCGAACGUCUGUGGCGUGCAGGAGCAGCUCGACUGGCCUAACCUGAACAGGUGGAUGGCAGAGGUCAAACGUAACGUCGAAUCGCAUACAACGUACCAAGUUGCAGGAAACUAGUCGUAAAUCGAGCCGAGUUCGAGUACUUCGCCGUGGGCGCCGAUAUAACGGUGACGGUCGGGUCGCCUGUGGCCUCCUUUCCGUCCUCCUUCCAUUCCUCUCUUCUUCUCUCAGAGACACGCGCGCGCUCAUUCUCCGGACUCCUCUUCAUCGACUACAAGACGACGACGAUUCGUCUAACUGUACAUAUUCGUCCGUAUUAUGCCGGUCUUUUACUUUACUCCGAAGACGGAGUCUUUAAUAUCUACGUUCACUCGUCAAAAUAUGUUACUUGUAUUACAUGCCUAUUAUAGAUUAGAUGUAUAAAUAUACGCGCGUAUGAAUCAUUGUUAUAUUACAUGCCAUUGGAAAUAAUUAGACCCUUUGGCGGUGCAAGUGCGUAAGUUAUAUCGUCUUCCUACGUCUAAUUAACCAACGCAUUUUCUUCCUCCUUCUAUCAAGAUGAAAUAAUAAAGAGCAAAGAUUUUCUAAUCAUUCAAGUAACCAUCGAAAUAUAUUUUCUCUCUCACUCAUGGACAUUUCUUGAUUUAAUACGUCGUUGCGAUCUUUCAAAAGAGAAAUUAAAACAGACAGACUCAUCGACGGACUCAUCGGUUUACGUCAAGAUGAAAGAUCGCGAUUCCAGCGAUCGAAACGAUUCCGAAAAUUUCGAUGACGAGUAGAAAAGUAUAUAAGGCCUUUUAGCUGUUUCGAGAACACAUUUUUUAAAUGUUAGUCUAUCCAGGUCGAGUUCGUUCCUCACGUGUCUUGGAAUCACUUGUCAGGAACGCGAGCCCCGAACAAAGUCUGCAAUUACAGAUUCCCUCGAGUUGAGAAGAACCACCGCUUGCUUACGUUCGCCGCGAUUCACGCGUGCGACUCGAGGAAACAAACUGGCGUCUUGCAUAACGAUGACGCUGUAGAAAAAUAUCGGUAUUUACCGUUGCGCAAGUACUUAUUCAAAGAAAUAAGCGCAAAGAAAAAGAAUCCGACUCGUUCGAGGAUGAGAGUGGACAAGCGAUUAAUGUCGACAACGUGGUAGAAAAAAAGGAAAAAAAGAAGAAAAAGAAAGAAGAAAAUAACGGUUCAACCUUACAAUUCUUUUUUUCUUCUUCUUUGUUUUCUUUUUUUUUUUUCUUCUUUUUUUUUUUUUUUUUUUUAUCGUCGUACAACUUUACAACGUUUACUCAUUUUCAAGAAGAAUCCACGGGUUUGUAACUUUCGCGUAUCGUGCAAAAAAAAAAAAAAAAAAAAAAAAAAAAAGAACGAACAGUGAUAAAAGAGUCGACGAGUAGAAAUUUCUCAACUUUGUUCUCGAGCACGAAAUUGAAAAAUAUAAGGGCACGUUUUGCGACGUCGCGGUGCCACAAUAAAUCUAUAUUAACGAAAUUAAAAGAAAAGAUGCUUGUUUCGAGAAAGGAAAACAACGAGAAUUAAGGAUCCGAAAGUUCAAUUUUGCAAACUAUCUAUAAAAAGCGUCUUAUCGAGAAAAGUAUCGAAAUUUUCUAUCGUUUGUAAUCCGUUGUUAACAAGCUAAUACUCCUUUAAGAUCGUCAAAGAAGAUUCAGGAUCUUCUUUACGUUGAUUUAGUCACGUGUUCUCGUUUCUAUUAUGAACCCAAGCGGGGCUUAUAGUUUAUGACUAAUAGUUACAUUGACAGACGAUCAAGCAUCGGCUCGCGCUAGUAAUUAUCGUCGUGCGUUCGCCACCUCAGGACAGUAGGUAGGUUGAUAGGAAGGUUGAUAGGUAGGUAAGCCAACUAUUAUACAUGAGAUAUACUCGAAGUCUGGCGAAUAUCUUAAGACUUAGAAGGUAGACAAACGUUAUGCCUUGCUAGAGCGCGUUAUCUAGGUAUUUAACGAUAUAAUUGUCCGCUUCGUGUCGUGCCGUAGGGUCGAACGCGAAAAACGACGAAAGCAUAUCGCGAAUGUAUAGUUAAUUAGGUACUCGAUCAUCGGCCAGUAAACCAACCGAUUAACGAGCGGCCAUUGAUGCGAGAGACCAGCUACGCCGCCCUUUUGCAUCGGCAAUGACUAUCGUAAAACUCUCGUACGUACUACAUAGAUACGAUGUGGCUUCGUUAACCAACUAGAUGAGACACGAACCGGUCUCUUAUUUUCUAAAGAGCCGAACAAGAAACUUUGUCCUUUCCCUUGUCCUUACCUAUUCUUUAACUAUCUUUCUCAUCCGUCCACAUCGAGAUUUUCCAAUGGUUAAUUUUCAAACGGCGAUUCUACGAUCAGAUUACGCGAAUCUCGGACGAGUCGAAAUUCGAGAUCACUGAGAGAAACUUAAUAGCGAGACGUAUGGAAAUUAUUCUCGGAAAUCUUUUUUUACGAUCUUAUAUAGCCUCCUGGCAAAUUUCAAGCCGUUCUAAAACUAUAGCGGAUUCGAAUCUUUCUCCCUUCGUUCGCUUGUUGCGAUCGCAAUUAGAGUUCCCGAUCGGCAUAUAAGAAAGCCAGCGAAAGAGAGAGGGAGAGAGAGAGAGAGAGAGAAAGAGAGAGAGAGGGAGGGAAAGAGAAAAGGAAACGACAGGACAGUCGUGCCGAGGCACAUUGGCCCUCGAGCUAUCGUUUGCCUUCACCCGUUCUAAAGUCGAAGCAGAACUCGACUUUUAUCGGUCGCCGGUCUACACGCAUGACCGAAUCGUUUCGUGACUUCUCCGCAUAAAGAGAUAGUAAGAAAGAAAAGUAUCUCUUAGGUUUUACGUAAAACCUAAGAUAACAUUGUCUUAAUAAAGUUGUUGCUACUGUAAAA